GACACAGACGUAUUAUGCGCACUCACGGCAUGGCAAUGAGUGCAUGCUCACAAAAAUUCCCGAACAGUAUAAAUUCGCGCCAUAUUUUCCCUUACUUUGUGAGCUCAGUACUGCGUUUUUAUGGGAGAUGAUCUGCAGGUAAAGGAUUAAGGACGGAAUAGGAAGAAAUUUUCAGGAUGAAUCGUUUUCACGAAGCAGCUCGGGAGGGCCAUUUGGAUUUACUGCGAGACGCGACUCGACGCGAUGCCAACAAGCCAGACGAUACGGGCCGUACGCCCACGGUAUGGGCGGCCUACGAAGGCAACACAGAUGCGUUACGUCUGCUCGUGUCCAGAGGAGGCAACCCAGACCUGUGUGACAUCCAGGGCCACACGGCACUCCACUACGCCGCCCUCUCCGGCCACGUCAACACUGUGACUUUCCUGGUGUCCUUCGGCUGCAACGUCUGGUCCCUGACCAACGACUACCGCACGGCCAAGGACCUGGCUGCCGAGAACAACCACAAAGCCUGCCUGGCUUUCCUGGACGAGGUGGCAGCUGAACAGUCGGCCAAAAGCCCCAAAGAGGUCAAGAAGCUGAAGGAGAAGGCCCUGGUGGAAGCAGACAAGCGAGUCAAGAAGCUGCGCAAGAUGCAGGCCGAGCACACCAAGUGGCUAAAGAAAGAGGAGAAGAAAGAAUCGGCCAAGCAGGGCGGCCUGUACAAGAAGAAAGCUGGAGGCAGGAGUGUAGGCUCCAGCCCGGUGGUCGGUAGGGCACAUGAGCAUUCCCACAGACACAGCACCGGGGCGCUGUUCUCCGAGAUCACAUCCUCCAACGGGGCUGCCAACAAAAGGGGGCGGUCUCAAUCGUCACUGAUGCCCGGUACCAGCUACUCCGAGGACAACCGCAGCGGAUCAACGGCUGGCUCCAGGUCCAGCAUUAGUGAGGGCGGAAAUGACAACGACAGCGGUGACGAGGACAAGGACAGGCGGCCCGACAUUAGAGAGCAGAGCUUCUGGCAGCCCGCGUUUGCCGGUUCUAUGAUACAGAGCUUACCGCCGAGAAAGCCCGGAGAUGGAGUCGAUACAUUGGAGGAAGACCUACUCAACAACCUGGACAUCGAGCACGACUACAGGACAACCAACAGCGAUCCCAAGGUCCCCCAAAUACACGUGUCCAAGCCCGAGGAGGAUCGUAAACAAUCGUCAACUGAUCAGAACUCCAACGGCCUGGACUGGAAUCCAGACGUUCUAGACGACGAUGACGACGAGGAUGUCCGGCCGGGGACCAGCGAUCUAGAGUUCUUCCUUGCGACACACAAUCUCCUUGAUUACCUGCCGGUGUUCACCGGAGAAGAGAUCGAUCUCACGGCGCUCAUGCUGCUGAGUGAUGAUGACUUUAUGAAGCUCGGCCUGCCUCUGGGCCCGAGGAGGAAACUGACUGAUGCCAUUUCUCGACGAAGGCACGCCAUGAAUAACCCGGGAGUCAUGACAGACACACACCUGUAAAAUCGCGUUUACUUGGGUGCCCAGUAAAUUAAGCUUGAUCAGUACUGAUACUCAGUAGCUGGUAGUGGUACCAGACUAUUACAAGCAACCAUCACGUUGAUUCUAAAUACGAAUAUGACAUGUCGGCGGGAUUUCAACAAAGUGACGCUUCACAACUUUUUGGACAGGCCUGCUAUUGGACUAUUUGUCACAUAUCACCUGGUGCAAAAUAUUCUACAUCUGUAACUGCAUGGACUGAGUAAAAUACAGGGUGAGUGCAAAAAAACGAAACCCAAAUGGCAGGAACAAUUUUU